AUGAAAAUCACAUUCAGAUUAUCUACCGAGGUGUCCUACUCGGUCACAGUCCCAGACAACUCCACGGUUGAGGAUCUUGCCAACGCCGCCAAGGUCGGAUGCCCGCCAGACACUUGCUUGCCUUCCGACUUCAAGCUCAUUUACAACGGUGCUCGUUUGGCUCCUUACUACAAGACGCUAGACACUUUUGAAAUGGUGCCUUCCAACCCCCACAAUACUGUCAUUCUCAUGAACGCCGCCGAGGCGCCCGAGGUGCUGGCUCCGGCCAAGGCGCCCGUGACAGCCACAAAGAAGAAAUCCAAGAAGAACCGCUGCUGCUUCAGUCUGUGCUCAUCGGCUGCUCUCAGAAUGGUGGGCGACUGUGGCCACUGCAACGGCAAGUUCUGCGCCAAGCACAGGCUUUUGGAGGACCACGCUUGCACGGGGUUGCAAUACUGCAAGGACGAUGCUCACGAAAGAAACGCCAUGAAGCUCCAAAGCGAGAGCACCAUUGCAUCUAGAGUGUGA